CGUAAGUCAGAAAUAACUUAUAGCUCACACGGUCCCUGUGUUUCAUUAGGGAGGACCUUAACUUUGCCAGUAGAGCGCCGAGGAAGUCACAGCUCCCAAACUCAGUCUGGCCUCUGCGUGGAGGCCUGCUCUCCUGAUGACCAGGCUGGCAAGCUGGACGUUUGGGUUCCCUCACUAGCCCUUUGCAUUUGGAGGUGGCAUACCUUACUCUUCAUACAGCAGUACUUACACCUUGGACAGACUACUGCGUGCUGGGGGUGGGGUGAGUGGCAGCAUUUAGGGCCCCCACAGAACUUCAGGCCCUUGAAGCUUGCCCUGAAGAGGUUUCGUUGGCUGAGGGACCCACACCAGAUAUCCUGGCUGCCCUCUUAGCUUGUGAGAGCUGCUGUCCUCAAAAGAGGGGCAUCUGUGGACGGAAGAGGCAGAGGCCAAGAGGUAGUCUUCCUUCCCUACACUGGGGCCUCAAGACCUCCUCAAAGUGGCUUCUCCAUGGUCACCUGCUAGAAGGGGGAGGACCAAGGGCCUGAGCCUCCGGAGGCAGAGUGCAGGUGUCUGGGGGUGGGGGUGGGGUUCUGAGGAGCACCCAGAGUCUGCCUGGCCCUCUGAACUGCUGAGGCCCAGGGGGAGGUAGAGAAGAAUUGGAUGGUCAGGGUCUUUUACUUCGCUCUCUGGCCAGGCUAUACAUACACGGUUGUUAUAGUGGAAGGGAGGCAUUUCUUUCUUGUCCUUGUAUGUGGGCACUGGCCCUGGAAGGAGGCUAGGGCUGACCUCUGCUGUUGCUACCCUCAGCCACUACCUGGGCCUAGCUAGCCCAACACCAUCAGGGCUGCCCCAUUUUGUUUCUGUUUCUGUAGUAGUUGUGAAAUGGUGGCUUGCAGGGGACAGGGUUCUUGGCCUUCCCCCAGGGAGGGUGAGGCAAAGCAGCUGCUGCCCUCCUCCUUUAGCUUUAGGUCCACUAGGAGUGAGGCAGGGCCAGGAAAGAGGGUGGCGCCCAUUCCAGCUGUGCCCCUACGCUGGGCAGGGGGCUAGUUCGAAGGAGGAGGCUGGAUUGGGUUCCUGAGUCCUCUGGCUUUCCCCUCAUCCUUGGAGAGGGGGUGGGGUGGAUAUUUGAAAACGCUUUCAAUUGACAUCUGAGACAAAUUCUUCCACACGGUUUAUAAGUCCCUAGACUUGCAGCUAGAACUACGAGGACCCCCCCUCCCCCCGCCCUCCAGGCACGCAUACAGGCACACAUGCGCACUCCCCCCACAUGCUUAUGCACAUGCGCCUGGUGCUUGGGGUCAGCAUAGCAGCCCUUUCUUCCUGCAGUGUGUAUACCAGCCUCUCCUGCAGCAGGAGAGGACAUUGGCUGGGCUAGGCAGGUCCUGGAGGGAAACCAACCCUUCCGGAACCCUUGCGCUCAGGGUCCCAGCUUGCUGUGGGGUCUGCCAGCUUGUGGAGACCUUUAUUCUUUCAGGAAGUCCUGCCCAACCCAGGAGAAUGUUCCCCAGCUACAAGGUAAAAGUCACAGGCAUGAACCCCAAGACCAAGUACAUACUACUCAUCGACAUUGUCCCUGCGGAUGACCAUCGCUACAAGUUCUGUGACAACAAAUGGAUGGUUGCUGGGAAGGCUGAGCCAGCCAUGCCAGGGAGGCUCUAUGUCCACCCGGAUUCUCCUGCCACUGGGGCCCACUGGAUGCGGCAGUUGGUCUCUUUCCAGAAGCUGAAGCUGACAAACAACCACCUGGACCCCUUUGGCCACAUCAUCCUCAACUCCAUGCAUAAGUACCAACCUCGGCUGCACAUCGUUAAGGCCGAUGAGAACAAUGCUUUUGGCUCCAAAAACACAGCCUUUUGCACCCACGUGUUCCCAGAGACCUCCUUCAUCUCCGUGACCUCCUACCAGAACCACAAGAUCACACAGCUGAAAAUCGAGAACAACCCUUUUGCCAAGGGAUUCCGGGGCAGUGAUGACAGUGACCUGCGCGUGGCCCGGUUACAGAGCAAGGAGUAUCCAGUGAUCUCCAAAAGCAUCAUGAGGCAGAGGCUCGUUUCCAGCCAACUCUCGGCUAAGCCGGAUGUCAGCCCCCUGCACAGCACACACCAGGCUCUGCAGCACUACCAGUAUGAGAAUGGGGCCCACAUGCAGUUUGCUGCUGCAGAGCCCCAGGACCUGCCCCUCAACACCUUCCCAACGCAGAGGGAUUCUAGCCUCUUCUACCACUGCCUGAAGCGGAGAGCAGAUAGUGCCCGCCACCUGGACUUGCCCUGCAAGCGAUCCUACCUGGAAACUCCCUCUUCAGUGGGGGACGAUCACUAUUUCCGUUCUCCCCCUCCCUACGACCAGCAGAUGCUGAGCCCUUCCUAUUGCAGUGAGGUGACCCCCAGAGAAGCCUGUAUGUACUCGAGUUCAGGGCCUGAGAUCGCAGGGGUGUCUGCCGUGGACGACUUGCCCCCACCUCCACUGAGCUGUAACAUGUGGACGUCGGUGUCACCAUACACCAGCUACAGCGUUCAGACCAUGGAGACUGUGCCUUACCAGCCCUUCCCCACACACUUCACCGCCACCACGAUGAUGCCUCGGCUGCCCAUUGCCGCCCAGAGUGCCCAGCCACCAGGAAACGCCCACUUUAGUGUGUACAAUCAGCUAUCCCAGUCUCAGGUCCGAGAGCGAGGUCCCUCUGCUUCUUUCCCUAGAGAGCGUGGCCUCCCUGCGGUGUGUGAGAGGAAGCCACCCUCACCUCACCUGAACACUGCCAACGAGUUCCUCUACUCACAGAGCUUCUCUUUGACCCGAGAGUCAUCCUUACAGUAUCAUUCAGGAAUGGGGACUGUCGACAACUGGACUGAUGGAUGACAUGACUACCCUUAUCCUUGACAGCCCCAGGACCAUGUCAACCCAGUACUAGCUUCUGUGGGUGGCCGGCACUGCCAAGAAACAUGGAAAGGUAUUUCAGAAGGUGUGUGUGUGUGUGUGUGUGUGUGUCUGUCUGUCUGUCUGUCUGUCCACGCAUGUGCAUAUGUGUGUGUGUUUGCUUGAACUUCUACACACAUAUAUGUGGUUGGAGAACAUCUGUUUUCUUAUAUGCAGCUAAGGCCAAAACAAGAAAAAAUGCAACUAUCUAAGAAGUAAUUUUGGCUGCAGGAGCUGUGUCCACUGUUCUGUGGCAUCUCUUGACAAGCCCUGGGUGGGACAGAAGUGGAGGACUCAGGAGUCACCUAGAGCUUUCUGCAAUAUACUCUGAUUUUACUCAGGGGCCAAGUGAGAUCUCUGGCACAGGUUGGGCCUUUCUCUUCUCUUGGGUGUUCAUGCUUACCAUAGAGUUCCUGGCCUUCCACCUACAAGGGAAGCUGCCACUUUUGGGGACAGAAGCACCCGCUUCCCUUAGCUUCUGGAGAUUGUGUGAGACUACCUGAGUCUGAGAGCCCUUGGAGAGUGGAGUUGGCCUGGACUUAGGGUCUGAAGCAUGACUUUGGAAAAGAGUCAUGCGCUAAAUGUCACCUCGUGGUGCUUGUUUUUCCUCCAAGAGGAGGGGAAAAUGUCACCAUCAGUAUCUCUGUAAUUAUUCAAGUUUUAUCAUAAAGUACAGAGUCCCUCCCCUCCCAGUCCCAGCAUGGGGCCUCUCAGCCUGUGAGACACCAUCUGCAUCCAAUGAUGGGCAGUCAAACACACCUUACCUGGCAAUGUCCCUCGGAGAUCUCACUGGACUGAUGUUACACGUCAGUUGGACUGGUUCUGCUCCCAGAAAAUCUACACACAUCCCCAGAGCAAGGAUGCCGGCAGAAGGAAAUGGGACAGCUGAGAGAAAGUUCUUCAGUAUUCAAGCUCAGAGGAGCAUAUCUUCCUUCAGAAUGGGGGAGGACAGUACAUACUCCUUGGUCCAUUAGCAUCACAUGUCGCCAGAACGUCAGGGUGGCCAGUAUGAACCCUAAGUCAGAAUUUGGAAAUCACUAAACUCUUUGCAUGCUGAAUAGCUAUUUAUAUAUUAUAUAAAUAAAUAUAUAAAUAAAUAUAUCUCACAAAUGCGGGCCACAUGUCAAGUUCAGCUUUGCUUGUUAUAAAUAAACUUACUGAAAACAAAUGCUGAAGGAGGUAUUUGGAAAGACAUCUAUUUAAAUUUUUAUUACAGUUGAAGUUAAAGAUAAAACAUAUAUAUAUAUAUAUUAUAAAUGCACACUGCAGAUAAAGCUUUAUUAGAAAACACAUUAGUUGACAGGCGGUAUGAAACUUCAAGUGUUUUUGAUAUAUAGCAUGGACAUUUUAUUUUGCAUAUUGGAACAUAAAGCCAUCUUACAACUGUGAA